CAUAAGUCCUAUAAAACAGCAUACUUAUAUAAGUCAUGUCAAAGCCACUGCUCAAACCCUAAUCUCGUAACAGGGGCCGAGCAUUUUCAAACACCAAUUUUGCUGCCUCCUCUGAGCUGCAUCGAAGAUGAAGUUCAAUAUUGCGAAUCCGACUACUGGAUGCCAGAAGAAGCUCGAGAUUGACGAUGACCAGAAACUCCGAGUGUUCUGGGACAAGAGGAUCUCUCAGGAGGUUAGUGGAGAUGCACUGGGUGAGGAAUUCAAAGGCUAUGUUUUCAAGAUCAUGGGAGGCUGUGACAAGCAAGGUUUCCCCAUGAAGCAGGGUGUGCUGACUCCUGGCCGUGUGAGACUCUUGCUGCACAGAGGAACUCCGUGCUUCCGUGGUUAUGGGAGGAGAAAUGGGGAGCGCCGAAGGAAGUCUGUUCGUGGGUGCAUUGUUAGCCCUGAUUUGUCUGUUUUGAAUUUGGUGAUUGUUAAGAAGGGUGAGAAUGAUCUUCCAGGGUUGACUGAUGUCGAGAAGCCGAGGAUGAGGGGUCCCAAGAGGGCUUCUAAAAUCCGCAAGCUUUUCAACCUUUCCAAGGAAGAUGAUGUUAGGAAGUAUGUCAACACAUACCGCCGCACAUUCACCACCAAAACUGGUAAGAAGGUUAGCAAAGCUCCCAAGAUUCAGAGGCUGGUGACCCCAUUGACCCUACAGAGGAAGAGAGCCAGAAUUGCUGACAAGAAAAAGAGGAUUGCCAAGGCCAAGUCUGAGGCUGCCGAGUAUCAGAAGCUUCUCGCCACUCGUUUGAAGGAACAGAGAGAAAGGAGGAGCGAGAGCCUAGCCAAGAAGAGGUCUCGACUUUCUGCUGCCGCCUCUAAACCAUCUGCUGCUGCUGCUUAAAAACCCAACAGCUUUUGAAUAGGGCUGUGUUGUUUUUUUCUUGCUUCUGUAUGGCAUUGCUGGAAAUCUAUUUGGAGGUGUGAUAUGUUUUUGACUCUUUUUCAGUGAAGGAUGUUGGUUAAAGCUGUUACUUUGUUUCUGAUGAGAGAUUUUGGGAUGUUCUAUUUUUGUUGGAUGUUUAUCAGCUUAAUACAUGCAUUUAAGUAUUUGCUUGAGGUUCAAUUGUAAUGUGGCGGGAAUGUUUCUGCAUCUCAACAUGUUUGUUUGAUGCUAGAUAUCCACUGCCCUAGGCUACAUUUACUUUGUUAAAUUUUACAUUUUUGUUUUGAGAAAAACA